UCACUGUUAUGCCACGGUUGAGGAGGCGACUGAGAUGAUUUUAUAAUUUGCUGAUUGUCACAUUAAGUUUUGUGUCUUUGUACAAAAUGUCCUAGAGAGCAGCAGCUGGUAGUGCCCUCAACGGGAAACAUGAUGUCUCCUUAAGAUGCCGUGCUUUUCUUCUCGCAAGUAUAGACACGACGUACUUUUUCUGCAGUAAGACAUGUUAGCAUGUUUACUCGGCAGUUUGACAUUUAUUAUUUCCACCGCAGUGCCAUACAUUGCACUUAAGUUAUACAUGUCAGUGUAAUACUUUGUACCAAACUUGAUGUGUGGUAAAUGUUAAGGUUAUGUUUUAUAUUUUUCAUGUUUUUAUCUGCUCAGACCUAGCCUGUCACGUUGCCUUAGCAUGGGGAAACCUAUGGGCGGAGACUGUGACCUACUUUUGACCAAUGAGAGGCCGGAAGCGGCUCCGGGUGACCUACAUUGAGCCAAUCAGCGCGAGGCUCAGUCGCUGGUCGGCGCGUGCAGCUGACACGUGCAGCUCUGGCUUCGGAGCUGACAGUUGGCGGGAGAACAGACAAGACGCCGCCGUGUGUGCCAUUUUGCCCCUCGCUUCAAAUUGAGCAAAGUUGUUUAUACUCCACUUGUGACGUAGCACGUGUGUGUGUGUGGUGUCACGUGGUGUGUACAGUGUCACCGCUGUGCGUGUGAUUGGAUAAGAGUUUAGCAUUACGCUGCAAACACUUUGACAUGCCAAUGUGAGUCUGUGUGUGUGUGUUCACGACCAAUCUAGGAAGGGGUUCCACACGGGGGGCGUGGUCUGCAGUCCAGCAGCUUCCGGAAACCAUCUGCUGCGUUUAGGUAACGUGGGACAGAAGAGCUUCUCGACAGCGAUCACUAUUAAAAAUGGUCAAUUUUACCUCAUGUUUGUAUGUCAAACAGUAUUGUAACACAAUUGUACGUAUUCGGUGUGAAGAUUUCAGGAGAUGGGUGUUGGCUUUAUGCGUGUACAAGUGAGAGUGUGUUAUGUUCCAUUUUUCACAGAGACUGAACGCAGCAGUGGGCCGAGAAGGCGUGGCCGUCGUAUGCAAACGAUCCACGCCCCCUAGCGCCUUCCCCCGUGAUCAGUGACGUCACAGCAGUGGCCCGUGUUGGUUCCAGCUGACUGGCAGAGAGAGAGAGGAAAAUAAGAGCUAGCAUCAUCAUCAUCAUCAUCAUCACCUCUGCUGGAUCUUUUCUUUUCUGGAAGCUUCUUUUAUUGCUUUAUCUUUUUUUCCACGCACUCUUCAUCUCACUUACUUUUUGUCCUGUUGUCGUCUAGCUGUCUCCUUCCACCAGGAACCACGGGCUCGUUGUGGUGGAUUGUCUUCAUGCUGCUUUCUGCCCGAUUUUAGGCGUCCAUUUCCCGCCAAGGCACGUUCAUGUACAGCGAGUGCACGUGUGGGGGACUCGGCUACACGGGGGGGCUGUGACAGGAGCUCCCGGAGGCUUGGGGGUCGGGGGGUGGGUGUGGGAGCCGGUGUCAUCAUGGUGCCAUUUUGGAGAUAAACCUUUUUCUUCCUCCUCAACUUCAUGUGACGCGCACGCACCUGCCGCGCGUACGCGCACCCAUUCAACGUCGCUAAUUGGAUUAUUUGGAUCUUGAAAGGGUCGCUGCCCCCCCCCUCUGGACCCCCCUCCCUUACCUCACAUACCAACGCCCCCUUCUAGGAGUUAUGUCAAGGCCUCUCGCGCAGCUCCUGCCGCCGGAUCUCCCCUCAGGGGCCAGCCCCCAGUUCGGGGCCCCCAACCCUGCUGCCAGUGGCCCCCAGGGCGGCCCCCUGACCUCUAUGACCAACCUCAAGACCCUCCUCCAGCUGCCAAUCAAGGCCGACCAGAGGGGCAACAAGGACUGCUGUGAGAUGAAAGACAAAGACAAACCGUUGGACUCAGAUGAAGACUCGUUGGGAAUCGGGUCCGGAGGACCCGGCGGGUUGGGCGGAAGCCUGGGCUCGGGCCCCCUGCGGCCCAAUUCCCAGUCGGCCUUCCUGGGACCGCUGCUGUGGGAACGGACUCUGCCGUGCGAUGGCGGCCUCUUCCAGCUGCAGUACAUGGACCUGGAGGAGUUCCUGACCGAGAAUGGGAUGGGCAUUCACAGCAAUGGGCCCAGCUCGGCCAGUGCCCAGAUCCCGUCCCAGAGCUCCCAGUCCGCUGUGCCCAACCAGAGCUCCCAGUGCCCCCCGAGCUCUCCUCCGUCAUGUUCCUCCUCGUCCUCCUCCAUGUCCUCCUCAUCUUCUUCCUCCUCCCUGCUGGGAUUGGAGACCGUCCAGCCGCCCCCUCAACCACAACAACAACAGCAUCCAGCCAUGAUGGGGGCACCUGAGUGCUUACACGGUGGUCAGGUCGUGCCUCAGGAUACGUCCCCCACUUCCACCUGUCCCCCCGGACCGGCCGGAACGCCAUCGGCCGCCAACGGCAGCAGCGACAUCCAGGUGAACUUCGACCCCGACCCGGCAGACGUGGCGCUGUCCAGCGUGCCGGGCCAGGAGGCCUUCGACCCGCGGCGGCACCGCUUCAGCGACGAGGAGCUGAAACCGCAGCCCAUGAUCAAGAAGGCUCGCAAGAUGCUAGUGCCUGAUGAGCAGAAGGACGAGAAGUACUGGAGCCGCCGCGUCAAGAACAACGAGGCGGCCAAGCGCUCGCGGGACGCCCGCCGCCUGAAGGAGAACCAGAUCUCGGUGCGGGCCGCCUUCCUGGAGCGGGAGAACGCCGCCCUGCGGCAGGAAGUGGCCGACAUGCGGAAAGAGCUGGGCCGUUGCAAGAACAUCAUCAACAAGUACGAGAGUCGCCAUGGUGACCUGUGAGGCAUAGGAGGAGGAGCUUAACGACAGCAGCACUUUAGAGGAGGAAGUGUGGCGUUGACCAGCAGGCAGCGCCGUGCCACAUGUCACAUGAUCUUACUGCGUCUGGAUGUCAGAGCGGCAUAACUCCGCCCACUCCUCCCGCCCCCCCCCAUGUAGACAUCACCUCAUGUCAUGCCGUUGCUCCGCCCACUUUGAGUAGGGCUGACGUCACUUUAAGCUCAAGGCUGGGAGGGGGCGGGGUUCUUUUCUACUCAAGAAAGGUCUAUUUUUGACAGGAAGGAGGGCGGGGCUGCGAGGAGGCGGGGCCAAGGUGUCGUCCAUCAUGCAAAGAGAAUUCAUGUAUAUUUUUAUACGUGCGCACGCCAGCAGGACCAGCAGGACCGCCACUUUUUUAGCUUUUAUACACGGGAGGGGGGAGGGCUUCCUGGCUGCCACCAUAAAGAAUCUAUUUUCGCUGAGUGGGGAUAUGGGGGGGGGGGGGGUGUCACAGAAUGUAUAACGGUCCAAUCAGGUAUUUCCUACGGUGCAAGAGGCGGCGUGCGGAUGGAGGUGGAGGUGGCGGGGGCAGUGGCGGGUUCAGAGGUCAGGAGUUGGUUGUACAGUCCUUACAUUUUUUUUGUUGUCUUUCCUUAAAAUAACUUCUUGCUUUGGACGCGGCGUCUGGCUCGUGUCCCUCACCGAGGUCAUUUCACACAACCCCCCCCCACAGGUGCGCCAACACAUCUAGCUCACACACACACAACACUCGCACACACAGGUCGUGACCCUUCUUGUUGUUGUUAUUGUUUUGGACUUUGAUGGUGCUGAUCUUCACCUGACACAAACACACACACACACACACACAGUGAACUGCCUAUAGACUUUUCUUUGUGUUUGAUUCCUUUUUUGCGUUGAUUUGUGCUGGCGUCUGGAUGAAAGCGUAUCUAGAAUGACACGUCUAUACCUCUCCUUGAAACCUUUCCAGCCAUGGAUGCUCCCUACUGAUAAUACUGUACUCUUCUACUCUCACUAUAUAGAAAUAUAUAUAUACAUAUAUAUAUAUAUGUAUAUAUAUAUAUAUGUGUGUAUGUGUACAUGAUAUAUGCUUGAAAUAUGUGAUUAUAGUUGUAAUAUACAUCAUUGAAUAUAUGACAGGAGAAAAAACGAUUGAAAUCAUUUUGUCAGUUUUCUCUCAGGUGUUUUUUGUCUGAGUAAUUACAAAAAAUACACAUAUUAAAAAAUUGUACGCAAAAAAAAAACAAUUGUUCAACAUUUGGUUGCACAGUUUGUGGCUUGUUGAUUCUGGGGGGGAUGUUUAUUAUUAUUAUUAUUAUUAUUAUUACACUUUUUAACCAUUUUUAUUAAACACAUGUUGACUGACAAGCCCCGCCCACCUUUAGCUGUACUGUCGGCCAUCUUGUUCCAACAUGGCCGACACAACUACUGUAACGUCAAAAUGUGUUAACUAUUUAGCUAUCUGUCUAUUCAUCAGUCACUCUGUCAAUCAGUUAUUCUGUCCAUUCAUUUAUCUGUCUACCCUAGUGCUGUUAGCUAAGCGAUGCUAAUGCUAAUGUGAGAAUUGUGACAAUCCAAACAUUUGCUCAGGUGUAUUUGGGCCAUCAUCAUCUUCAUCGUCCUCAUCAUUCCAACAUGGAGGAAGGGGGAAGGGCUUGAGCAGACGGUCAGUUUCUUGUUUUUUCUUCUCUUUUCAUCACAAAGGAAGCUUGAAAGGAAAAUACCAAAAAGUGAAACAAACUUUUCCACCUUCUGCUAAGAUAUUGUAGUUUUCUUCGUCCUGUUACUUACACGAACUAACUUGUGACUUCGAAUCCUGAGUGGGGAAAACCUUUCAUGCUCCUGGUGACGCAGGAAGGAAGCCAUGUUUGUUUGUUUGUGUGCGCGCGCGUGUCUUUUCUAUUUGAGCCUUUUGGACAUUUUUCUAUGUGUGUUGGCUGUGUGGUGCGAUGCUCCUGUUCGCCACGUGGGGGCGUUUUGCCGCCACAUAACGCGAAGUAACAGCAUGGUUGUUUCACUUACAUUUCCUUGUGACUGUUAACUACCACUACUUCUACUACUACCAAUACUACUACUACUACUACUUAGAGCCGCCACGCCACACUUUUUAUGACGACACCAAUAAAGCGUUGUCCUUUCCCACCAUUCAUUUGUUGCUAGGACUUUGUGUAUUUCCUUGAUCGUCGACAGCUGCACUUCCGACUAUAGCCGCUAGAUGGCAGGCGUGUAUGGAAGUAGAGCAUAACGGGUGCAUCUCAAUAAAUAAUGAUACUGAA